UGGGGGCCUGAAACGUGAAACCCGGCGGGCGGUCAGGCGAUGUCCCCGGCCUGCAGGCCCUGGGGGGGGCCGGGACACGCUCUCCCCCCAGCACACAGCGGUCACCCGGCCUGGCGAGGGGACCAAGUGCCACUGGCCCUGAUAAACGCGGCCAGGGCGGUGUGGCGGGGCCCGGCCAGGAGCUGAGGCCCCUCAGGUGGCCAAGUCUGGGCUGGGGCUCGUCCCGGGACGCCGCGGGCUCAGCGAUGGGCAACUGAAUGGUGCUGGUGGCCGCGCUCCUGCUGAUCCUCGCGCUGCUGAUCUGCCUCAAGAUGUCCAGCUCUAGCCACAGGAAGGAGGAGAUGCCCGAGCAGAGCCCGGCCUCGCUGCCCCCCUCAGGGCUGGCAGCCCCCCUGGCACAGCCGAGCCCCCCGGCCCCAAGCCUCCCCCUGCAGCUUGGCAGGGCUGCCAUGGGGGAGCAGGAGCAGAUCGCGGUGUACAACCCCGCCGCUCUCCGCCGGCCGGCCUUGGCCAAAUUUGUGCUGGGCUCCUUUGAUGAAAACUCCUCCGACGAUGAGGUGGUGGCUGCAGCCUUCAGGGUGGGCAGCCGGCGCAGCAGCCUGGCUGGUGCAGGGGGAUCCAGUGCUGAGGCCCCCACCGUGACCGCCUCGUCGGAGCCCACCGCUGGCAUGAGGCCUAGCAUGUCCGGGCUGCACCUGGCGAAGCGCGGCCGCGAGCACAGGAAGAUGGACCUGCAGCGGGACUUCACCGUCGCCUCGCCCGCCGAGUUUGUCACCCGCUUCGGGGGGAACCGUGUCAUCGAGAAGGUCCUGAUCGCCAACAACGGCAUCGCCGCUGUCAAGUGCAUGCGCUCCAUCCGCCGGUGGGCCUACGAGAUGUUCCGAAACGAGCGUGCCAUUCGCUUUGUGGUCAUGGUUACCCCUGAAGAUCUCAAGGCUAAUGCAGAGUACAUCAAAAUGGCUGAUCACUACGUGCCCGUCCCUGGGGGGGCCAACAACAACAACUACGCCAAUGUGGAGCUGAUCGUGGACAUUUCCAAACGGAUCCCGGUCCAGGCUGUAUGGGCUGGCUGGGGACAUGCCUCGGAAAACCCCAAGCUGCCAGAGCUGCUGCAGAAAAAUGGGAUAGCUUUCCUAGGUCCCCCCAGCGAUGCCAUGUGGGCACUGGGGGACAAAGUCGCCUCCACCAUUGUGGCUCAGACAGUCCAGAUCCCCACUCUGCCAUGGAGCGGGAGCGGUCUAGUGGCCCAGUGGUCUGAGGAGGACCAGAAGGGUCAGCAGAUGAUCAGCAUCCCCCUCGAGACGUACGCACAGGGCUGUGUGAAGGACGUGGAGGAAGGCCUGGAGGUGGCCAAGAGGAUCGGCUACCCGCUGAUGGUCAAGGCAGCAGAAGGUGGUGGGGGCAAAGGCAUCCGAAAAGUGGAGGCAGCAGAGGAACUUGGUGCCUGCUUCCGACAGGUGCAGGCAGAGGCACCCGGCUCGCCCAUCUUCCUGAUGCAGCUGGCUCAGCACGCGCGGCACCUGGAGGUGCAGGUGCUGGCCGACGAGUACGGCAACGCCAUCUCCCUCUUCGGCCGUGACUGCUCCAUUCAGCGGCGGCACCAGAAGAUCAUCGAGGAGGCACCCACCACUAUCGCAGCUCCUGCUGUCAUCGAGGUGAUGGAGAAGUGUGCGGUCCGCCUGGCGCAGAUGGUGGGCUACGUGAGCACGGGCACCGUGGAGUACCUCUACAGUGAGGACGGGAGCUUCCACUUCCUCGAGCUGAACCCGCGCCUGCAGGUCGAGCACCCCUGCACGGAAAUGAUUGCAGAUGUGAACCUCCCUGCUGCCCAGCUCCAGAUUGCAAUGGGCAUCCCCUUGCACAGGAUAAAAGACAUCCGAGUGCUGUACGGGGAGAGCCCGUGGGGCGAUACGCCCAUCUGCUUCAACAGCCCCACCAACGUCCCCGUGCCCAGGGGCCACGUCAUCGCUGCACGCAUCACCAGCGAGAACCCCGAGGAGGGUUUCAAGCCCAGCUCAGGGACAGUGCAGGAGCUGAACUUCCGCAGCAGCAAGAACGUCUGGGGGUACUUCAGCGUGGCAGCUGCCGGGGGCCUGCACGAAUUUGCCGAUUCCCAGUUUGGGCACUGCUUCUCGUGGGGAGAGAACCGGGAGGAGGCCAUUUCGAAUAUGGUGGUGGCCCUGAAAGAGCUCUCCAUCCGCGGGGAUUUUCGGACCACGGUGGAGUAUCUGGUUAAACUUCUGGAGACAGAGAGCUUCCAGAACAACGAGAUCGACACUGGCUGGCUGGACCACCUGAUCGCCGAGAAAGUGCAGGCAGAGAAGCCGGACACGAUGCUGGGUGUCAUCUGUGGUGCCCUGAAUGUCGCAGAUGCUGCCUUCAGGACGUGCAUGACUGACUUUCUGCACUCGCUGGAGAGGGGCCAGGUGCUGCCUGCAGCCUCCUUGCUGAACAUCGUUGACGUGGAGCUCAUUUAUGAGGGUGUGAAGUACGUUCUGCAGGUUGCCCGCCAGUCCUUGACCACGUACGUCAUCAUCAUGAACCGCACUCACAUCGAGAUAGACGUGCACCGCCUCAACGACGGGGGGCUGCUUCUCUCCUACAACGGCAACAGCUACACCACCUACAUGAAGGAGGAGAUCGACAGGUACCGGAUCACCAUCGGCAACAAAACGUGCGACUUCGAGAAGGAGAAGGACCCGACGGUGCUGCGCUCGCCCUCCGCGGGGAAGCUGCUGCAGUACACGGUGGACGACGGCGGGCACCUCGCCGAAGGGAGCGUGUUUGCAGAGAUCGAGGUGAUGAAGAUCAUCAUGACGCUGACGGUGGAGGAGGCAGGUCGGGUGCACUACGUCAAGCGGCCGGGUGCGCUGCUGGAGGCAGGCUGCGUCAUAGCCCACCUCGAGCUGGACGACCCCACCAAAGUGAAGCCUGCGCAGCCGUUCACAGGGGGGCUCCCGGCCCAGCAGACCCUCCCCAUCACCGGCGAGAAGCAGCAUCAGGUUCUCCGCAACGUGCUGGACAACCUCACCAAUGUGAUGAAUGGGUACUGCCUGCCCGAGCCCUACUUCAGUGCCAAGGUGAAGGAGUGGGUGGCGCAGCUGAUGAAAACCCUGCGGGACCCUUCCCUGCCCCUCCUGGAGCUGCAGGAAAUCAUGACAAGCAUUUCAGGAAGAAUCCCUCUCUCUGUGGAGAAGUCGAUCCGGAAGGUGAUGGCACAGUAUGCCAGCAACAUCACCUCCGUGCUCUGCCGCUUUCCCAGCCAGCAGAUCGCCACGGUGCUGGACACCCACGCAGCCACACUGCAGAGGAAGGCCGAGCGGGAGGUCUUCUUCAUGAACACGCAGAGCGUGGUGCAGCUGGUGCAGAGGUACCGCAGUGGCAUCCGCGGCUACAUGAAGGCGGUGGUGCUGGACCUGCUGCGGCGCUACCUGCAAGUGGAGAUGCAGUUCCAGCAAGGUGAGGGCUUGGGGGCUCUGGGGACCGGGGGGCUCUCGGGGGAGGCUGCAGGGCUCACGGUGCUCUGCCCCACAGCUCACUACGACAAGUGCGUCAUCAGCCUGCGGGAACAGUACAAACCUGACAUGACUCCGGUGCUCGAGAGCAUCUUCUCCCAUGCCCAGGUGGCGAAGAAGAACCUGCUGGUGACCAUGUUAAUUGACCAGCUGUGUGGCCGUGACCCCACGCUGACGGACGAGCUGACGGCCAUCCUAAACGAGCUGACACAGCUCAGCAAGACUGAACACUCCAAAGUGGCGCUGAGAGCCCGGCAGGUGCUCAUCGCCUCUCACCUGCCCUCCUACGAGCUGCGGCACAACCAGGUGGAGUCCAUAUUCCUCUCUGCUAUCGACAUGUAUGGACACGAAUUCUGCCCUGAGAACCUGAAGAAACUGAUCCUCUCGGAAACCACCAUUUUUGAUGUGCUGCCCAUCUUCUUCUACCACAGCAACCAGGUUGUGCGCAUGGCAGCGCUGGAGGUGUACGUGCGGCGCGGGUACAUCGCCUACGAGCUGAACAGCCUGCAGCACCGGCAGCUCUCGGAUGGCACCUGCCUGGUGGAGUUCCAGUUCAUGCUGCCCUUCUCCCACCCCAACAGGAUGUCUGUCCCCAUCAGCAUCUCCAACCCCGACCUGGCCCGGCACAGCACCGAGCUCUUCAUGGACAGUGGCUUUUCUCCCCUGAGCCAGCGCAUGGGAGCCAUGGUGGCCUUCGACAAAUUCGAGGACUUCACGAGGAACUUCGAUGAAGUGAUCUCAUGCUUUGCCGACCCGCCUUUGGAGAGCUCGAUCUUCAGCGAGGCACGAGCCACGGUCUACGAGGAGGAGGAUGCCAAGAACAUCCGCGAGGAGCCAAUCCACAUCCUCAACAUCGCGCUGCGCUGCGCAGACCACGUGGAGGAUGAGAAGCUGGUGCCGAUCUUCAGAGCCUUUGCCCAGUCCAAGAAAAGCAUCCUUGUUGACUGCGGUCUCCGGAGAAUCACGUUUCUCAUUGCCCAGCAGAGAGAAUUCCCAAAGUUUUUCACAUUCAGAGCCAGGGACGAGUUCGCGGAGGACCGCAUCUACCGGCACCUGGAGCCGGCGCUGGCCUUCCAGCUGGAGCUGAGCCGCAUGCGCAACUUCGACCUGACGGCCAUCCCCUGCGCCAACCACAAGAUGCACCUCUACCUGGGCGCCGCCAAGGUGCAGGCAGGCACCGAGGCCACUGACUACCGCUUCUUCAUCCGCGCCAUCGUGCGGCACUCGGACCUCAUCACCAAGGAGGCCUCCUUCGAGUACCUGCAGAACGAGGGCGAGCGGCUGCUCCUGGAGGCGAUGGAUGAGCUGGAGGUGGCCUUCAACAACACCAGCGUCCGCACCGACUGCAACCACAUCUUCCUCAACUUUGUCCCAACUGUCGUCAUGGACCCCUCCAAGAUCGAGGAGUCGGUACGGUCCAUGGUGAUGCGCUAUGGCAGCCGCCUCUGGAAGCUGCGGGUCCUGCAGGCCGAGGUGAAGAUCAACAUCCGCCUGACGCCCACCACCGCGGCCAUCCCCAUCCGCCUCUUCCUGACCAACGAGUCCGGCUACUACCUGGACAUCAGCCUCUACAAGGAAGUGAGGGACUCCGGCACCGGCAACAUCAUGUUCCAGUCGUACGGGGACAAGCAGGGGCAGCAGCAUGGGAUGCUCAUCAACACCCCCUACGUCACCAAGGACCUGCUUCAGGCCAAGCGCUUCCAGGCACAGUCCUUGGGCACCACCUACGUGUACGACUUCCCAGAGAUGAUCAGGCAGGCUCUCUUCAAGCUGUGGGGCUCCUCAGACCUGUACCCCAAGGAUGUCCUGACGUACACCGAGCUGGUUCUGGACUCACAGGGACACCUGGUGCAGAUGAACAGGCUCCCUGGAGGCAAUGAGGUGGGGAUGGUUGCCUUCAAAAUGAAGCUGAAGACCCCCGAGUACCCGAAGGGCCGGGACAUCGUGCUCAUCUGCAACGACAUCACGCACAAGAUCGGCUCCUUCGGGCCGGAGGAGGACCUGGUCUUCCUGCGGGCCUCGGAGCUGGCCCGGGCUGAAGGCAUCCCCCGCGUCUACAUCGCCGCCAACAGCGGCGCCCGCAUCGGCUUCGCCGAGGAGAUAAAACACAUGUUCCAAGUGGCCUGGGUGGACCCCGAGGACCCCUACAAGGGCUUCAAGUACCUGUACCUGACUCCCCAGGACUACACAAGGAUCAGUGCCAUGAACUCGGUGCACUGUGAGCAUGUGGAGGAAGGGGGCGAGUCCAGGUAUGUCCUCCUGGACAUCAUUGGGAAGGACAAUGGAUUUGGGGUGGAAAACCUGCGAGCUGCUGGCACCAUCGCUGGGGAGUCCUCUCGUGCCUACGAUGAAAUCGUGACCAUCAGCAUGGUGACGUGUCGUGCCAUCGGGAUCGGCGCGUACCUGGUGAGGCUGGGCCAGCGCGUCAUCCAGGUGGAGAACUCCCACAUCAUCCUCACCGGCGUCACAGCUCUCAACAAGGUGUUGGGGCGUGAAGUUUACACAUCCAACAACCAGCUGGGGGGCGUGCAGAUCAUGCACAACAACGGCGUUUCCCAUCUCACUGUCCCAGAUGACUUUGAAGGUGUCUACACCAUCCUGCAGUGGCUCUCGUACAUGCCCAAGGAUAACCGGAGCCCAGUGCCCGUUACUGCCAUAAGCGACCCCAUUGAAAGAGAAAUUGAUUUUGUCCCCUCCAAAGUCCCCUAUGACCCCAGGUGGAUGCUGGCAGGGAGGCCUCACCCAACUCUCAAGGGGACGUGGCAGAGCGGCUUCUUUGACCAGGGAAGCUUCCAGGAGAUCAUGAGGCCGUGGGCUCAGACAGUCGUGGUUGGCAGAGCGAGGCUGGGAGGGCUCCCCGUGGGUGUCAUCGCUGUCGAGACCCGCUCGGUGGAGGUGACCAUACCCGCAGACCCUGCCAACCCCGACUCAGAGGCAAAGAUAAUCCAGCAGGCAGGACAGGUCUGGUUCCCAGACUCUGCCUUUAAAACAGCCCAGGCUAUUCGGGACUUCAACCGGGAGCAUCUCCCGCUGAUGAUCUUUGCCAACUGGAGGGGCUUCUCCAGUGGCAUGAAAGACAUGUACGACCAAAUGCUGAAGUUCGGCGCCUUCAUUGUCGACAGCCUCCGGGAUUUCAAGCAGCCCAUCCUGGUGUACAUCCCGCCGCACGCGGAGCUGCGGGGCGGCUCCUGGGUGGUCAUCGACUCCACCAUCAACCCCCUGUACGUGGAGCUCUAUGCGGACAAGGAGAGCAGGGGCGGCAUUUUGGAGCCUGGGGGAACAGUGGAGAUCAAGUUCAGGAAGAAAGAUUUGGUGAAGACCAUGAGGAGGAUCGAUACGGUUUAUGCCAGGCUUGUUGAGCAGCUGGGGACACCUGAGCUGUCCGAGGCUCAGCGCAAGGAGCUGGAGAAGCAGCUCAAGGCCCGGGAGGAGCUCCUGCUGCCCAUUUACUACCAGGUGGCCGUGCACUUCGCCGACCUGCACGACACCCCAGGCCGCAUGCAGGAGAAAGGCGUCAUCACGGACAUCCUGGAGUGGAAAAACGCCCGGUCCUUCCUCUACUGGCGGCUGCGACGGCUGCUGCUGGAGGAAGUGGUGAGGAUGGAGAUCCUAAACGCCAACAGUGAGCUGAGCCACAUCCACAUCCAGUCCAUGCUGCGGCGCUGGUUCAUGGAGACCGAAGGAGCCGAGAAGGGCUACCUCUGGGACAACAACCAGGUGGUGGUGGAGUGGCUGGAGAAGCACAUGCAGGAGGACGACGGCACCAAGUCAGCCAUCCGAGAGAACAUCAAGUACCUGAAGCGGGACUACGUGCUCAAGCACAUCCGGAGCCUGGUCCAAGCCAAUCCAGAGGUGGCCAUGGACUGCAUCAUCCAGAUGGCGCAGCACAUCACCCGCACGCAGAAGGCUCAGGUCGCCCGUCACCUCUCGACGGUGGACAACAACAGCCCCUCCUGAGCCGGCGGCAGGAGGGGCACCGGGACACGCUGCUGCUCAGAGGCCAGACCUCACCUCCCCACCCAGUCCCUCAGACCUCGAUCUGGAGCCUUGGACUCUUACCCUGUGCCUAAAUAAAUGCCGAUGUUUGUAUUUUAAGCUAUGAAGACAUUCUCUCUGCCUGUGCGGAGGGCCCUCUGGCGCUGCGGGCGUUCGUCAGAGGGGCAGCUUGGCAGAAGAUAACUUGGCCCGAGCCAAGGCUGGAGCCCGGAUCUGGUGCAAACACUGAUUUUUUAAAAAGAACUAAAAAUCUUUUACUGUGUUUUAGUUGCAAGCCUUGGCCUUAAUCUUUAAAAUGAGCACCAGUGUCAGGUGUAUCUCACAAGACUGGAUGGAGCUGGAAGUACAAACCGAAUGGCUGAGGCACCAAGAGGACAGAGGAGGAGGUCUCCGUCCGGCUCUGAGGCUGACCAUGCACUGGCACGAGGAAACGUAAAUCCUGCUGAAGAAGCAGUCUCAAACAGACGCUUUAAAAUAAACUCAGGAACUGUGAGGAGCA